UGAUCAACCGUAACCGCUAGAGCGACGUCGAACCCGACGCUUUGGUACCAAGUUGAGCACUUCAAGAUCUCACCUUCCACCGUCGUAUCCUUCGACAUUACCUUCCAGCACUCAUUUCUAAAAAUGCUCGUAUUGCCUAGAGGCGAACACAUGCUGUUAUCCCAAUCAUAUUCAUCCCGGGAAUUUGCGAACGGGUUCACACCCCAUAAAAGAGCGACAGCAGCAGAACUCCUUCGCACCUGUUCCCCCUCAUCGAUAUGGAGUCCUCAUCGUCUACCAGCCCCCUUUCAGAGCCUCGAAAAUCUUCUCGAUCGAGCUCUGCUUGCAAUCCUCCCUCGACGGCGCCUUUAUCUCCUGCACGUUCGGCUCCUGAUGUCCCUGACUUGGAGAGCUCGCUGUCGACUGUCAACACCGGGCCAGUUGAUGAUCCCUAUGGCCUGAGAAAUGCCUGGCGAGACCCGGGCGAUGUGGCUGCUCUGUGUAAGCGGUGGAACCUGCGUAAACAACGACACAUUGGGAAGUUUUACGAGACGCAGAACGAGAAGAUUGAUGCGUUGUUGAAGAGUAUGGAGAGUCACGCUCAGGAUGGGAAAGAUGACAUGAGGGAUAACGCCUUGAAGGUCAAAAUCGCUGUAUACGCCUCGUUCACUGCGAACUGCACACUAUCUAUUCUGCAGCUCUACGCCGCUAUCUCAUCUCUUUCUCUGUCUUUUUUUGCAACUGCUGCAGAUUCAGUAUCGGAUCCUGUCGCGAACCUAUUCUUGAACUUGCUCCAUCGUAAGUCGAAGCGCGUGGACUUCGAUAAAUAUCCCGGCGGUGGCGCUCGUCUGACUACUAUCGGUAAUAUUGUGUAUUCGUGCGCCAUGCUUUCUGUCAGCGUUCUUCUCGUCGCUUUCUCGGUCCAAGACCUAGUCACUCAUAAGGGCGGAGAUACUCUGGAUUUCCAUGUUCCUUCGGUCAUUGCUGUCGGCGUGGCUUUUGUCACGAAAUUGCUCCUCUUUCUAUACUGUUUCUCGAUCCGCAACUCGAGCUCGCAGGUCCAGGUCCUUUGGCAGGAUCAUCGAAAUGAUCUCUUGAUCAAUGGCUUUGGUAUUCUCACAAGCAGUGCUGGUGCCAAGCUCAAGUGGUGGAUUGAUCCUAUAGGCGCUAUCAUCAUUUCGUGUGUCAUUAUUUCUUCGUGGACAUACACAUCGUACAUACAAUUUGGCUAUCUCGCUGGAAAAGCUGCUCCUCAUGAAUUCACCCAGCUGGUCAUCUACAAGACACUUACUUUCAGCGACGAGAUUAAGCAGAUCGACUCCUGUAGGGCAUAUCACAGUGGAGAGAAAUUUCUUGUCGAAGUCGACAUCGUUAUGCCUAGCGACACACCUUUAUGGAAAUCUCAUGACCUGAGCCAGGACCUCCAAGAUAAACUUGAGACGCUACCAAUGGUUGAGCGAGCGUUUGUCCAUGUUGACCAUGAAGUGUUACACAAACCUGAACACCGCAAGUAUGCCUGAUAAUAAUCGCGAAUUGGUGGAAGACAUGGUAUGUGUACUGGAAGAACGAAUGGUCUUGGUUUAGGAUUCAAAGUACGACUGCAGUAUGAAU